GUAAACUCCGACCCGGAAGUACAUAUGCCCUCACAACGUACGGCAUGCUUGUUUUGAACAGAAGAAUAGGAAAAAUAUAUAUAUCAAAGGUCGCUUUUUGGGGCAAGUUAUGAGUAAAGGAACAUCAAGAAGACUCCUGUUUGUAAUCAACCUUUGAGGGUGUACAAGAAUGUCAGGGCUUAUGUUGAACCUGGUUUGUGAGCCUAGUCAAGGAGGAAAUUCAGGUAAAUCAAGAGGAAAUGCCAAGCAUGAACGUUUCCUUGGAAGGAGACAUUACCUGGAGCACAAAGGUUUGUUAAAAGAGAAACAAAAUAAAAAGCAAUACAAAAAGAACAAUUUUAAAAAUAAAAAAAAGUCAAGAGAAACCGAACUCAGUGGAGGUGAUCGAUCAAAACCAGGUGCUGUUUUUCCUAAAUUUACUUCAUUUCUGCCUAACAAGACCAAUGGGCCUUCUAGUUCUGCACAGACGUCUUCACAUAAAUCUGCAUUUUCAUUUCCAUCCACUGCCUCCACAUCUCAGAGGCAUCCGACACACCAAGCGGCACCCCGCUCCCUCGGACCUUUAAAGUACGUGGCGUUGGACUGUGAGAUGGUGGGAACAGGACCGAAGGGCUGUCGCAAUGAACUGGCCCGCUGCAGUAUCGUGACCUACGAGGGUGAUGUGAUUUAUGAUAAAUAUAUAAAACCCCUCGAUCCUGUGACGGAUUUCCGCACUCGCUGGAGCGGAAUCAGGAGGCAGGACCUUCUCCAUGCCAUACCCUUUGAUCAGGCACAGAAAGAGAUUGUGAAGAUAAUGACAGGGAAAGUGGUUGUGGGCCAUGCCAUCCAUAAUGACUUCAAGGCCUUAAAAUAUUUCCAUCCUGCUUGCCAAACACGAGAUACGGCACGGAUUCCGCUGCUAAACCAGAAAGCUGGACUGCCUGUGCAUGAAAUGGUGUCUCUGAAGAGGCUCGCUAAGGCUAUCCUCAAAAAGGACAUACAGAACGGAAAGGGAGGCCACUCAUCAGUAGAAGAUGCCAAAGCCACUAUGGAACUGUACAAAGUAGUGGAAAACAUGUGGGAGCAAAAACUCUCAGCUCUCAGCCUUUCAGAUAAAGCAAUGGAUCUAGCUCUCAAUCAAAAAUCAUAAGGGCUUUUUAAAGAUAAGAUUUUUUACUUCACACCUUUUAUAUCAGCUAAACAUCUCAGCAGUGCUUGGGUUCAAAUACCACUAGGGGGCUCAUCAGUUUCUUUAAAAAAAGUAUUUUAAAUUAACAAUAUUGGUUUUGUUGGCAAAUAAUUGGUCUUUAUGCUUAUUGUCUACAGAUGUUUUGAGUUCUGUUCAGAAUCUGUACAAAAAGUUUAAAAAUAAAUAAAUAGCUCUCACUGUUCCA